CUGUCCAUUCCUCUUCUUCUAAACCAGCCCUCUUUCACUCCCACUGGCUGUUGUCCCCUCACCGCCUUUCAUGAAGAUUCCUUACCUUACUUCAGCACUCAAACCUUCUCUGCGCGGGAAUUUAUGCAUCCACUUUACGAACUUUUUUAAACGUAUAUUUCAGAUCAAACGUCGCUCAUUUGUAGCUCAAAUCCUGCGAUUUGUGGUCUGACUGCUGGAAAAGUAGAGCUGACGCUCAUGCACGCAGUGUCAGAGGUGUAUUGUUGCUUUGGUUGCUCACCGCUUGCAUGCCAAUCCUUUAGAAACUCGCGCGUAAAGAAAGACCUGAGAUUAAAAGGCGCGUUUUAAAAAGAUACGCGUGGAAGUACAACUCGACGUGGACCUUCUCAGACUGGACUCCGGGGAUGAUAUGGAAGACUUCUGCAGUCUGAACGAUGUGAAUCGAGAGUUCUUCUGGAAAUUUCGUUAAGUUUUUGAGUGAGACUGACGGACUGUAGAAUCAAUGUGGUUUUCGCCGAAGAUACGCGUGGCCCGAGACUCACCUAAACAGUAGGUGCUGCGUGUUUUCAAAGUCACUUUUUUAAUUUAACAUGUUAGCGUACUACAGGUAUUAUGUCUACUGCUGAUAACAUCUAAAGUGGUGUAAUGACAGAUAGACAUUAAGGUGUAUUUUUGCAGCAGUUAAUUUAAUGUGAAGCAGGUGUUGAUCGGACUCGUUGACAGGUUGUCAAGCUUUGGAAUUAACCGAACGCAGACGAAUCGUUCAUUUGAGUCGAAUCUUUACGGUUCGCAAAAUAUUUCGCUCACUGAAUUCAAUCCGAGCGAGUCUCUCAAUGAACCGAGUCUCUUUCGAUACAUGAGCCCAUAGUAUGUUUUACGAAAACAGCUGGUUUUAAUAUCGUUUCAUUAAAACAUCCUUCCCAGCCAGGUGAUGUAGAUACAUUUCAGUAUUGUUUAUUGCAAAUUAUGUUUAGGUAAAUUGUUUCAAAUGAGCUGAAUCAUGGCUGAAACAAACUGGGCAACAAAUCACAAUACAAAUUUGUAAAAAAUAAAAUUGAAACUGCAAUAAACAGCAAUUUGUCUGGACAUGUAGACCUACAAUUUUGCUGAACCGGUUAGUAGAGCAUGUAAUAUGAGACCCCAUCAUCACGUACAGUAAUUUAAACAGAGUUUUUUUUUUAAUCUGAAACGAUUUCUUGGAAAGAACCGAUUCAUAAAAAUGAGUUAGAUUCUUGAUUACCAAUCGGAAUCAAAGCGAUCGUGAGAAGCGUUUCCCCCGGGCCUCGAAAGAGAUGACUGAAAACUGUUUUGGCGAAAUAUCAAAUAUGUUUGAUCUCAUAUUUUUCGACAGUAGGUUGGCCGCUAGCGAAUCGACAAAACUAGAAACUGAAUUGCGUUCAACGCUGCUGUCCCGUCACUCGCGUGCAGUGUGCGGUUAAAUCGACGCUCUCCGCUCUCCAGUGCGCUGUCCAAUUCAGGUGUGCAACCUUUGCGUACCUCGGAAGAAGCUUCUCUAAAGCCAGUCCAGCAUGCUGUUUGAAAUACACAGUAGUUGACACGUCUUGGGAGUGAUGCACUGGCUUCCCCUGGUUGCCAUGGUGAUCGCCUCGGCCCUGCCUUUCCCUCAAAGUCCUGUGCCCAGGCUUGUUGCCGCAAUGAUAAAGCCUGGCAGAAACGACAGCGACAGCAGCAGCGUCCCGACAGCUAACAUCAGCAUGCCGACCAACUCAUCAGUGGACCAUGACUCUUCUCACAACAACUACAGCACACAUCACAUAGCUCCUCACAGAACGGACGAUAAGCAGAGCACGUUUGAGGAGGAACAUUUAUCCAAAGGUAGAGCAAACCAAGAGAAUCUUCUAACAGAAGACAUUUUUGUCAAUAACCCAGAGCAGGACCACACAGGUGGAGGAAGGACUUCCGGAGCAGAUCCCUCCAGGCCGCAUAAUCCUAGGAAAUACAAAUCACAAAAAAUAGCCAGUUCCCAAAUCAACGAUAUUCUCAAGGACUAUCAGCCUGAACGUAGCCAGUUUCAUGAAGAAAGCAGUAUUGAGGCAGAGACUUUACUUAAAGAUGACAGGAACGCAAGAAGUGAACUGAAAGACGGGCCUCUUGAAGGUCCGAAGGUCUCUCUGCAGAGCUCUCCAGUGCAGGAACAUCUGGACGAAGCUCAGACAAAUGCGAAAGAGUUGCUGCAGCAAUCUGGAGGCUUUGGAGCAGAACCGGGCUUUGGGUUUGAUGACAUAGGCCUACGAGAAAAAGAUCAGCUGCUUUUGCUGGACGCUCAUCCACGGGUACUCUUCUCCCCGGCCCUUUCCCCACCCAAACACCCGCCUCUGCUCUUAAUGCUGGAGUUGGGCUUACUGGCCGAUGACGUUGAGGACGAGGAAAGUCACAUGAUGGAUGCUGCCACGUCUGGUCACGGAGGCGACAAAGAAACAUACAGAAACUUACUCUUGGGCCUCUCUGAUUCUGAUGGCCCCGUUCCAGGAGUCCGCCGCAAGCGUCAAGUCGGCCACAGCGCACAAGGCAUCGAACGCUCCGUAUGCGAGGCGGAAAGCGUGUGGGUGACCAACAAGAAGACGGCGGUGGACUAUCGGAGCAACACCGUCACUAUUCUGCAAGAGAUCCAGACCCAGACUGGGCCGCUCAAGCAGUAUUUCUACGAAACAAAGUGCCGUAAGCCAGAUCCAAACAGGAAAGGUGAAGUGCAGGCGGUGGAGGGGGCCAGCUGCUUGGGGGUGGAUAAGAAACACUGGAUGAGCAGGUGCGAAACCAAGCAGUCGUACGUACGCGCGCUCACCUCGGAUGAAACCAAGAGGAUAGGAUGGAGGUGGAUCCGUAUUGACUCCUCCUGCGUCUGCGUGCUGCUCACUAGAGGAACGUACUACACUGAGAAGAAGUUGGAAAGGGAAAGAGAGCAAGAGGGCAGAAGAUGUUCCUGCAUCUCACUUGACAAAACCUUAACGCUGUACCCCAGUGUCUCGCUGAGGGAUAGGCAUGAAAAUCACCCUCAUGUUGCUCAAAACCGGUAUGAUUUAUUUUCUCCUGUGGAACACAAAUGGUGGAGUUUUUGCACACUAAGGCUGAUGAUACACACGCCAACUUUUUGUGCAAUGUUGCCAGGUAACUUAGGGCAAGGUUGCUAUCAAGGUAACCAGUUAAGACACAGGGCCCACAACCGAUCUAAAGUAUCUAGAUAGAAAUUGUUACCCAUUCUCAGUGGGAAAGUGCCCAAGCAAAAUUGCUCAACAAAAUGUGCCCCGUGUAUCAUCAGCCUAAGUUACUUUUAAACAUGUUUGUAUUUCAAUGCAUUAAAUACUGAAUAUCAAACCAAAUGGCAUCUGCAAACAAAUAAUGCCCAAGCUUUUCACUUUUCUGAGCCACUUUUUUUAAGUUGUUUUUACCAAGGUGUAUGAAGUCAGUUCUCCUCAAGUUUAGGGAGGUUUUCUAGCAGAAUAGUUAUGUAAUAAUAUAUGAAAUAUUAAUCAGUUUGACUCCCAAAAGGACUUUUUGUCUUCAUUUUGAACAAGAUUUAAAGAAAAAAGUGUGCUUGUGCAAUGUUUCUUUAAAAAGAAAUGCCUCGUUUUGAUAUUUUCACAUAUAAUGCAAAAAACAUGAUGCAGUUUUAAAUGUGGCUUAAGUGUCCAGAUAUUGUGUAUUAAGUGAAUUUAAUACAGCAAAACCCAGUGAUGAAAAAGUACUAUGAAACGAAUCCAUGGUUGUAUGGGCUAUAUCAACGUACCUUUUAAGAAAAUUCAGUUCACUCUGCAACACCUCAUAUUUGCAAUGCCUCCAGGUUGGUAUUUAAAAGGGAUAGUUCACCCAAAAAUGAAAAUUCUGUCUUUAAUUACUCACUUACUAAACCCAUAAGACCUUCAUUCAUCUUCAGAACACAAAUUAAGAUAUGUUUGAUGAAAUCUGAGAGCUUU